AUGCCUGGUCGCAUUGAGAUUUAUCUCGACGUCGGCAACUACAUAGCCUUCAAGCAGGUGAUCGACACAUGGUCGACCCUCGAGGCGCAUGGUGUAGAAAUUGAUAUCAAGCCGGUGCUCCUGGGUGCCAUCAAUGCUGCAACAGGUAAUAAGCCGCCGUUCUCGGUACCUGCCAAAGGCAAAUAUGGCAUUUACGACGGCGACCGGAGCCAAAAGGCCGCCGGGCUCCCCGAGAUCACGUUUCCCGAUGACCUGAUUGCCAUAUCCCGGACCCAGAUUCCGUUGCGGGCGCUGCACUAUGUCAAGGCAACUUACCCGCGCGAGACGUACCUGACGACGUGGCACUACCUGCUGCACGCGCUCUGGAGUCCAGAGAAGCAGAACAUUAGCGACGCGGGCGUGCUGGCAAAGGUCCUGGCCGCAGCGCCCAAGGGCUUCCGCGGUCCCGGCAGUGUCAAUGCCCAGGAAGGGGGGCACCGCCUGUUUUCCGAGAGCGAGGUUGCGGCCAUUAUGAAGGCGGCUAGCGAGGAGCAGUGGAAGGAUGCGCUCAAGCAGAGUGUCGAGGAGGCGCUGAAGCGGGGAGCGUUUGGGGCUCCUUGGCUUUGGGUUACUAAUGACAAGGGGCACGGCGAGCCUUUCUUUGGAAGUGACCGCUGGCAUUUUGUCUACGAGUUCUUGGGGUUACCACAUCAGAAACUCAAGCUUCUGGGACCCGAAGGAGGAGCAAAGUUAUAG